AUGGCUGUCACUGAAUCUGCAACAACGACUACUGCAACAGAGGACUCAUCAGCGGUCCCUGACUCUAUCACAUCUUCGAACCCCACAACUGGUCAAAAGAGAUCUUCAACGGCUGCCGGAAACUCCUCAGGUACAAAUUUUCGUCCCGUAAAACGAAGAGCAUCGAAAGCCUGCCAAUGCUGCCGGGCACGCAAAGUUAGAUGCAAUGUCGUGGAGCAUGGAGCUCCCUGCACUAACUGUAGGUUGGACGAGGUCGAGUGUAUCAUUACUGAAAGCAAACGGAGAAAGAAGUUGUGGGGGACGAAGGUUGAUUCUGCAGGGUCCGCAUCCGAUACCGCCUCUGCUCCAAAAGCCGCACCGGCUGUCGCCACUGCUGCUCUUAGAUCACCAAGCACCUCUCAUCACCCUGAACAGCAUCACCAUUCACCUUCAGCCAUGUCUGUGGAUGGUGGUUCAGAUAGAGAAGGACAUGUUCCUCAUAUGAUUUAUCAAGCUCAAAGUAUGCGAAUGAGUCUCACUGGCCAGGAACGUGAACGCCGGGCGUCAUAUGCAUCCUCUCACGGCUCUGUGCCAUCACUCACAAAUUCCCUCUCUACACAAACCUCCAUGACCUCAACCGGACCACACCGCGUCUUGCGCUCUCCUGGGGCCAUACCUCCAUUUAUAAAGCCCACCCCAACGAGAAUACCCCCAGAGGACUUGGAGUACCUGACGAAGAAGGGGGCCCUGACACUGCCGGCGGAGCCGUUGAGGAGUGAGUUGUUGAAGAGCCAUUUCGACUUUGUGCAUCCAUACAUGCCAUUGUUGAAUCGAAGGGAGUUUUUAGACAUUGUAACUUCAGAAGAUGGGAGUAAGGGGAAGGUCAGCUUAUUACUUUUUCAGGCAGUAAUGUUUACUGGUAGUGCAUUCGUGGAUAUGGACAGCCUCAGAAUUGCCGGGUUUACUACCCGAAAAGCUGCCCGUAAGGCUUUCUUCACAAAAGUCAGGGCGCUAUAUGAUUUUGAUCACGAGCAAGAUCGCAUGUCACUUGUGCAAACUCUCCUACUUAUGACCUAUUGGUACGAAACUCCAGACGACCAAAAAGACACCUGGCAUUGGAUGGGUGUCGCCAUCUCGCUGUGUCACACCAUUGGGCUCCACCGAAACCCCGAAAAUUCGAAUAUGGACCCGAAGCGUAAGAAGUUAUGGAAGCGGAUCUGGUGGAGCUGUUUCAUGCGGGACCGCUUGGUUGCGUUAGGGAUGAGGAGGCCCACUCGGAUAAAGUGCGAGGACUGCGAUGUACCAAUGCUCACCCUUGAUGAUUUUUCGAUCGACAUGGCAUUAGAGGGGGAGGAAGGUGAGGACUCAGUAUUUUGGAGUUAUGAGCAGAGGGAACAGAGGGAGAAGGAGGCGAGAAGGCAGAGAGAGCUGGCGAUUAUGUGCAUUGAGAAAGCAAAGCUUUGUGUAUGCAUCAGUCAGGUCCUGUCGGCACAAUAUUCGGUGCUCAACACCAACCAAGGCAGCCUUGCAGCAGAUGGAAGCACACGAACAACCAUGAUGUUGCUACCUAAAAAGCUAGAUCCGGAAUGCUGUCAAGUUGCUCGAUGCGAUAGCGAGUUGGCAAAGUGGAUUCGGGAGCUACCGGAGGAGGCACGUUACUCGCCAAAUAGAGCCAGCGACAACAUGGAUGACGUCCUCACCCUACAUAGAAAUCUGUUGCAUAUGGUGUACUGCACAACGGUAAGCGCUUUGCAUCGGCCUCAGGUGCUCCCGUCUGCGCCCGCUCCCUGGCCGGCAAAGAACAAUGCCGCCGAGUUACAAGAAGUUUCACGAAGGAAGGUGAGGCAAGCAGCAUCAGAGAUCACUCGUAUGGCCGAGGAAUUGAUUGAGCUUGAUCUUGUUAAAUACUUGCCUACUACUGGAGUUACGGUCAUGCUUCCUGCCGUGAUUAUUCACCUGCUAGAUAUCAAAUCCUCGAAUGCUCUCACCCGCGAACUUUCUCUCGAGGGCUUUGGACUCUGUAUGCAAGUGAUGCAAGGUCUCCGCCAAUCUUACUCAGCUGCCGAUUACGCCACUCACUUCCUCGAAGCCGCCAUUAAGAAAGCCGAUAUUCAAGUUCACGGUCACCGCAAAUUCGGUCACCGCAGACGCGCCCGCCAUAGGAAUGUUACACAACUUGGAACAUCACCAGGAAUAUCUGGCGCGGCUGCUAUCUCAAUUCCCGCGUCUGCACCGCCUAGUAAUGCAGCAUUGACACCUCCACCAGACCUAGAAAGCCUGACGGCGAUGGAUAUGGGCAAGGGUUUAGACGAGAAUGAUUUGCAGUUCAAGUUAGAGAGUUUUUUGCAGGCCCCCCCUUCGCCUUCACAUGAUGCUCCACUGCCCAGUGCUUUCAAUGUUGGAUCAAAUGGGAAUAGCACUCUCCAGGCACCUGCACCUGCUGGAGCAGAAGACCUCUUGUUCUCGGAUUCGACGCCACACCUUUCUAUGCCUGCCGAUGGCGGGGAGGGAACUAAUGAUUUGGAUGCGCUCUUGAACAUGAGAGAGCAGGGCGAUCCGUUCUUGGGGCACUACGAUGAUGCGGGGCUGUCGGGACUGGGCAGUAAGAAUGCAACUGGUGGGAGAGCAUUUGAUUUGAUGGGAGAGUCGAGUAGUUGGCUAGAGGAGGAUAUGUCAAAAUUGUUAGAUGGGGUUGAUUUUGAUAUCGACGAUGUUAUUCAGGUGUUGGAAACGGAAAUUAAUUAA